AUGGUAUCAACACGCUCCCACCCCUCUGAAUUCCCCGAAACCUCCCCCCUCUCCCCCGCCAAACCGCGCUCACGCAAAGGAAAAUGGGCACACACGCCCUCCAACCUCACGCUCCUCUGGCUCUUCAUCUCCCUCCCCCUAGUAAUCUGGGACACCGGCUACGUGAUGCUGCGCCCUUACAGCAUGCCGGGCGGCAUUCUGCACUGGCCGCUCUGGAAACCGUAUGAUCUGUACGGCCGCGUCGACUACGUGUAUGGCUGGAAAGCGUAUAACGAGCACAAUGGCUUCACGGGCGCGCAGGGGUUUCUGAAUAUCGUGGAGACGGCCAUGUAUGGGUUUUAUUUGUAUGUGUUGUUUGUGUAUGGAAGGCAGAGUGCGGCGAAGGGGAGGGGCGCGCCGGGACCGAAGAGUGUGGGGUGGUUUGGGGAACAGAGAUAUGUGGAUGGGGAGAAGGGGGCAUUGGCUGUGUUGGUGGGCUUUAGUGCGGCGGUUAUGACGGUUAGUAAGACGGUGUUGUAUUGGCUGAAUGAGUAUUAUGGUGGGUUUGAGAAUAUCGGUCAUAAUAAGCCUUUUGAUCUGAUACUUUUGUGGAUCAUUCCAAACGGUGCAUGGCUUGUACUUCCAACAUACAUCAUCUAUGUGAUGGGAAGCGAGAUUCUGCAAGGGCUGACGAUAGCUGCGGGUGGCACAUCAUCUUCUGAUGAUUCGUCAAUUGUCAAGUCGGAAUAG